CCAUAUGUUUUCAGCUGAAGUGGUUGUUAAAGAUACAUGCAGUUACUGAACCCUUUUGAAUGAUAAGUCUGAUUUCAUGAAGUCAUUUUACUUGCAUACAAUGUCCUUGUUAAGUUGCCAUGCAGGGUUGUAAAUUCAAUUCCGAGGGUUUGGUUAUGACCUAACCACUGAUGACAACCAAGAGACUAGUUCCAAGAAAAAAAAAAAUUGACAGACUAAAGUGCUAAAGUGUCACCCACAGAGAAAUCUGUAACUUAAUUGUGCACAAUUCUGUUUAGAAGAAGAUGUCAGACUCAGAAGAUGAUGCAGCAUUUGCCAGUGCCGAUGAAGGUGAGACUGAUCCUCCCCUUACCACCCAACCAAGCCCAAUCCCUGAGAAAGUGAAGACAAAAGAGGAUGGCAGUAAGGCCAACAAAGCAGCAGGGGAUGGAAAGAGUGAAGACAAGACAUCAAAAAUAAAAUACAGUGAAAAGACAGCAAAACUGAAGGACAGUGAAAAGAAAGAGGACACUAAAAAAACUACUGCUCCAAAAGUAAAGGAGGCAGUUAAGACUGAGGUUCCACCAGUUACAAAACAAGAAGAAAAAUCUAAAGGAGGAAAGGGAAAAAAGAAAAAAGGAAAGCAAGCUAAAACUGUGGUUAAAGAUUCAGAUAAAAAUUCUGAAAGUACCUCAACAAAAUCUGCACGUGAUGAGAAGGUACCUGAAAAGGAUAAGUCUUUACAUUCAGAGGCAACAAAUCUGUCCCAAGAGGAGCAGGAGUCAGAAAUCGAAAGCUCAGAAAUAAAGGAAAAACUAACCUUGUCAGAACCCCCUGUUACUAAAAGAGUGCCACAAGAAAACAAAUCUCCAGAGCUUGAAGAAGGUACUAAUAAAAAGAGUGAUACAGAGCAGUGCAGAAAAGAAAACAUUGUCAGUGAGGAGGGGACAACAGCUGAUAUGAAGUCAAAAGAACACCCAACUGCUUGUAAAGAGAGUCAAAAGACGGAACAGGAAAAACAUGAACCCAAAUCAGUUUUUGACAGGUUAACACAGCCCUCAAAGCAAAAGUCUGAGAGUUGGGGUUCAUGGGGAAAUUGGGGAUCAUCCUUAAUGAAUGUUGCAUCUUCCUCUGUAUCAACAUUCAGUAACCAACUGGGUGAAGGAUUUACAACGAUAAUGGAUAGUGUGGAAACAGCAUUAGGAGCCCCACCAGUUGAGGAAAUUCUGGAAGAAAAGGGACCAAACUCUCCUCCAGAAACAGUGAAAAUGGAAAGACUAGAAGGACAGAAGGAAACAUCAACUCCUGUGGAAACUGGAAAAACAGAGAAAUCCACUGCUGUAAAGGAAGAUAAGCCCCAAGAAGAACCUGCCACUUCCUCCAGUACAGCCAAUGAGUCUUCCACCAGUACAGCCAGUGGGGGGAGUGGGUGGUGGUCUGGCUGGGGCAUGUCUAAUCUGUCUAACCUCUCUUCAGUGGUUCACAACACAACAAAUAUGGUCCAGAAAUCAGUCCAGAAUACCAGUAAUAUUGUUCAGAAAUCUAGUAAGACUUUGGUAACUGGGGGACUGGAUGUGUUGGAAACAAUAGGAAAGAAAACAUUUGAGGUGAUAAAAGAUCAUGACCCUGGACUAAGCAAGACCAGAGAGUUUUUAUUUGACAAGCAUGAUAAGCCCAGCCUCUCCCAGGUUUUACGUGAGGCACAGAAGGAGGAGGAAGAUAAAAUAGAAAAAAAGAAAGAGGAGGAUGAGGCCAGACUUACUAACUUUAAGGCCAUGUUUGAGGAUGAUCAAGGUUAUGCCCACCUGGAAGCCUUGGAGAUGCUGUCCAAUAUGUGUGAGAAGACAGUGCAUUCUUUGUUAGAGGAUAUGUCAGAUCAUAAGCUGGACUCCAUUAAAGCCGAGCUGAUCCGCAUCAAGCAAGUGUUUGAAAGAAUGCAAGAAGAAAAUGAUGAUGAUGAUACUGAAGACAAAGAACAUGAAUUUGGAAAGUUAGUAGCAGAGCAUCUGUCAGAAAUUCAUCUGGGGACCACUCCUGAUAAACUCAAUAAGACCCAAGAAAAAAUUCGGGAAACUAUUGGCAAAUAUUUUGCCUCAGAGGACGUAUCAGUCAAGGAAAUUCAUCAAGCUGCCAUUCAGGCCUUAGCUGAGUUUACUUCGAAAUCCUUGGAGCAGUUCCAUAAGGCUGGUGAACUGAUAAUCUUACAGCGAGACACUGGCAAACACUGUGAAAGCAGGGCCCACAGCUUAGAGAGAUUGGCUAAAGUCUUGAGCACUGAAGUUGGUAUCAUAGCUACCAAGUUUUGUCACUGCUUAAAUAAAUUAGAUGAGAAUGAGAAUCCAGACCUCACAUCAGUGGUAACCAACAUAUACUUAGAGGCCUCCAACAGCACCAUGUACAUUCAGGACGCUCUACAACUCCUGUUACCCUGCUUACAGCAAGCGGCCAUACAGAGGUCACUGACGUAGCCAAAAAAAUGGGGGAGGGAGGGAGGAUGGGGGGAGCAAAAUAAGUAACAUUCUACAGUAAGUGAACAGUCAAAAUGCAAGAAACAGAAAGGGGAGGGGCAAUAAAUUAAAACAAGAGACAUUCUGCAGAGGAAACCUGCACCACAAAGGGAAGCAGUUGAAAGUGGAUGUACUUGUGUAACUUGGAGCAGUUAGUAUUGUCAGAAGUUGGUGAUAAUGUUUUGAAGUAAAAGAAAUUUAAUUUAUGAAUAAAUGAAUUAAAUUAUUGUGUA